GUUGGGGCUCUCUGGACUGGCUGUGCACAAAAAAGGGGGGAAGCCGAAGAAAUCUGACAGUAUUGUUUGGUUCUGAAGAUGAACGACAUGAAGAGGAGGGAAACAAUUUAGUACGGGUACAGCUCUGUGUAUUUCAUAAGUGACUGAUUGCUUUUGGAAGUGAAGCAUUCUUUUUCAUAAUUUUUGUAUCUGCAAUUAUCGCACACAUUUUUCUGUUGAUGGGAGAUUGUGGCUGGUGCUAGCGUAUUAUCCUUUUCCUUGAUGGAGUGAGCCCGGCAGUUUUGCUUCCUUGAAGAGCACUCGAAUUCGUCUUUGUUAGGAUUCUCAAAUCUCGAAUCACAAUAUUUAACAUUGGAUAUCCGGUAUUUUGCUUCGACUUGAUCUGAGAGAAACAGCAUGCAAUGCGAAGAAGCCACUGUGUGUAAGAUGAAAAAGCCGAACCUUGACUACUGAAAGACUCUGUUUGAUAUUUAUCAGCUACCUGAGGAAAAUAGAUCAUGGUAAAUGCAGCCACGUCAAAAUCAAUCACUCCGGGGUCUACAACACCUGACGACGCCCUGGAAACUCGUGGAGAAGGCGUAGACAGCAAUGAGCUCAAGCCAACAUGGAUAGAGAUCACCGUGGCUUUUAUGAGAAGGACCAAGGUUCACGGGCUGAAGUUUGUCUUCUCCCCAGACAAGAAUAGACCACAGCGGUUCCUCUGGCUCCUGGCUUUCUUCGUCUGCGUUGGACUACUGUCCACCUGGUCAUGGAACAGGAUCUUCUACUUGAUGUCCUACCCGGCUGUCACCAAGAUCUACAUGGUCUGGUCUCACAACAUGUCCUUCCCAGCUGUGACUUUUUGCAACAAAAAUGUAUUCCGGGUAUCGAGUCUCACCAAGGCUGACCUCUAUCAGAGCGGCUACUGGAUGGACUUGAUGUAUGCCAACCACACAGUGAUGGAGAGGAGUCUGGCCAUCCUCAGGGACAGCCACAAGCACAGUCUCCUCAGCCUGCUGGACUUCAAGGGUUACAGCCCUCCUCCACAUGACCACGUUAACACCACUGAGAUGAUUGGCAGGCUGGGUCACCAACUGGAGGACAUGUUACUGGAGUGCAGGUUCAGAGGGGAAAACUGCACACACAGGAACUUCAGCACUAUCUACACUCGCUAUGGAAAAUGCUACACCUUCAACUCUGGACUGGACGGUAACCCACUGUUGACCACAUUAAAGGGUGGCACAGGAAAUGGCUUGGAGAUCAUGUUGGAUAUUCAACAGGAUGAAUACUUGCCAGUUUGGGGGGAGACAGACGAGACGUCCUACGAAGCAGGCAUCAAGGUUCAGAUCCACAGCCAGGACGAGCCCCCGUUCAUAGACCAGCUGGGAUUUGGUGUGGCCCCUGGUUUUCAAACUUUUGUGUCAUGUCAGCAGCAACUGCUCCAGUACCUGCCCCCUCCCUGGGGAGACUGCAAGUCCACUCCUAUCGACUCUGAGUUCUUCUCCACGUACAGCAUCACAGCCUGCCGCAUCGACUGUGAGACACGCUACCUUGUGGAGAACUGCAACUGCAGGAUGGUCCACAUGCCCGGAUCCUCAACAGUGUGCACACCUGAGCAGUAUAAAGACUGUGCAGACCCAGCUCUCGACUUCUUGGUGGAGAAAGACAAUGAUUACUGUGUGUGUGAGACACCCUGCAACAUGACACGCUAUGGGAAGGAGUUGUCCAUGGUUAGGAUUCCCAGUAAGGCCUCUGCCAAGUAUCUGGCCAAGAAAUUCAACAAGACUGAGCAAUACAUUGGAGAAAACUUAUUGGUCAUGGACAUCUUCUUUGAAGCUCUGAAUUAUGAGAAGAUUGAACAGAAGAAGGCUUAUGAAAUCGCCGGGCUACUGGGUGACAUCGGCGGCCAGAUGGGACUGUUUAUUGGAGCCAGUGUUUUAACAAUACUGGAAAUAUUUGACUACUUGUAUGAGGUGUUUAAGGAUAAGGUUUUGGGUUACUUCCUAAACAAGAAACGACCCCGGCGUUGUCAGAGCGACAAUCUGGAGUUUCCAGAGAACCCAACCAGCCCUGGUGUCACGCCUAAUCAUGCCCCCAGAGCACCUGUGACACCCUCCGGAGUCACUCGGACAGUCUCGGAUACACGCCGAACAUGUUACCUCGUCACCCGACUCUAG